AUAAAAGCAUAAGUUUUUAAGGACAAGGUGCUAGGCGUUUUGCAAAGGUUUAUUAGUAUAUAAGUUAAAUAAAGCCUUAAAGUAAUCACCACAAGGCAAUGUGCGUCGACCGACUUCUCUUUACGUGUGUAAAUGCCAUACUAGGUGUGACAGGAUUGGUGAUACUGAUCGUGGCUAUUGUGGUACACAAGUAUGCAAGUAACCACGAGAUCACCGACAAUUACCGACCACCAGCUAUAUUAGAGUUACUGUAUUUGGCAGGCGCCCUGUCCAUCGCCGCAGCCAUAGUGGGCACUGUUGCGGCCAUCUUGGGACGCAUGAAGAUACUACUAAUUUUGUACAUCGCCAUCAUCGUACUGCUAGCCAUCGUGCAGCUGUCUGCCGCUGGGAUGGCACUGUCUGGUCGAGAUAGAGCCAAGGCCACCAUCAUGCAAGUGCUGGAGCACAAGAUGGACGAAUACAAGUCGCCUACUACCGCCAUUGUAUGGGACAGGUUCCAGAAUAGUGCAAAGUGCUGCGGCGUGAACUCAUCACAAGACUGGCUGGACAAGAAGAUGGAGAUCCCCAAGUCGUGCUGCCGAGCCGAAGACUCCUGCGACACAUCCAACACCAACGACAUGUACGAGCAGGGCUGCGGCCAUGUCCUCACCAACAUCAUUGACAAAGCCAUCAAAAUCCUCGGCUAUGUCGCUCUCGCAAUCAUGGCCGUGCAGGUAGUGGCAGUUAUACUUGCUGUUGUAAUGAUCGCCUGUGGAGGGAUAUUGCCGGUUUGUUUGUAAAUAAAUGAAGCGAUGUAUGUUUAGAAAUGUGUUUAUGUAUAAAUAUAGUUGAUAAAUUUUGAAAUAAAUAAUAAUACAAAAUAUUCAGUAAAACAAA